GCGCUUCAAUGUUGCAAUUCGCGUUAGAAAUAUUUUAAACAUUUCGCAUUGACAUUGUCUAUUGGCGUAGUAUUAGACGGACUAUGAGUGUUAAAGAGUGCGGAAGCAUCUGAUGUAUAAAUUAUUUAUGUGCAAUUUGAAAGUAUUUUGAUUGUGGUGUAUUUUAAGCUUAGAGGAUAUUGGAUACAAUCCGAUGAACAAGAUUGUUCAACUACUGCUAAAAAUCAAGAGUCAAAAUCAACGGCACGCGCCGCACUUGUUCCACGCAGGAGACGAUCGAAUCGAGUCGUAAGGUUCCUCCGUCCGGCACGUGCUGGGCACGCGUCGCCAAUCAGAUUUAUAUCCGGAGGCGUUUUGUUUGGCGUUAUGCACUUGUCGGACAAUUAGCUGACAUUAAAUUGAAUAGGACAAAAGAAAAGAGACAGAGAGAGAGAGAUAGAGAGAGGGAAAGGGAGACAGAGAAUUGCACUUUGUAAAAUGUUUUCCAUGGACAAUUUCGACUUGGAGGCCACCAUGGCUCGGCACUUCUUCGAGGGAUCGCAGGCGACCAACGCCUCGAACUCCAGCUCCGAGUACUACUUCGGGGACGAGCACAGCUCGGAGAGCGACGACGAUGACGAUGCGUACAGCAGCGGCUUCAACAGUGACCAGGAGAACAACGAGAAGACCCGUCGCAGUCAUAAGCCACGCCGCUUGAAGUGCGCCUCGCAGAUGGCCCAGCAGCGGCAGGCGGCGAAUCUUCGGGAGCGACGACGAAUGCAGAGCAUCAAUGAGGCAUUCGAGGGUCUGCGUACCCAUAUACCAACAUUGCCCUACGAGAAACGCCUCAGCAAGGUCGAUACGCUAAAGCUGGCUAUUAGUUAUAUAACCUUUCUGAGCGAAAUGGUCAAGAAGGACAAGAACGGCAAUGAAGCUGGCCUCAGCUUGCAGCGCAACUACCAAAAGGAGCCGCCCAAGAAAAUCAUUCUCAAGGAUCGCACCGGCGGCAUGUCGCAUUCCUUAUCGUGGUAUCGCAAGGGCGAUCGCUAUCCGGGCAGCAAGCUUUACGCACGCACCUGGACACCAGACGAUCCCAAUGGAGCAGCCAACCAACAUCCAGCUCAGCCGUUGUAUGCCAACAAUACCGCAAAGGGCAGCAUCAGCUCGAAUUCUAGUCAAAAUCACAACAGCAAUCAGAGCAGCGAGGACUUCAAUAUCAGUGGAGCAGAUAUAAGCGAUGCCGGUGCCGCAGCGAGCAUCUUUGGCAGCGGAGGUGGUCUUUAAAAGAAUAUUACGACAAUUUGCAGUGCAACUCCUCUCAACUAGUCACGUAUGCUAGUCUACGACAUUUAGUGUCGCCUUUAACAUAUAUUUACUAUAUACAUAUAUUCCAAUUUUAAAAUAUAUUAAAAAAACAUGUUCUGUGGUAUUUAAUUGCUAUAAGUUUGCUUAUAUCUAAAUGUUAU